UAUUGCAUCGCUUUUAAUUUUUUUCCUCCCAAUUUUUCACAAAUUUUGCCAAAGUUUAAUAAAAUAAAUAACAAAAAUUAAAGAAAAUUAAGGAUACGAUCUUAACAAAACACUGCUCCCAUCUUCAGAAAGAUACCGUUUUGAUCAGCUGCAUCUCAAAUCAGUUCUUCGAUCGACUACUCCGACCAACAAUGCUCUGAUCGACUACUGCUCCAACUACCAGUGCUCCGACCAUUUUCGAUCGAAGCUGUCUAUUGAAACAGGUGAUUCUGGAGCUGCAGUUGCUUGUCCCUUUUGUAUAUUAGAGAAACGAAUAGCUAGCUUUUUAGGUAUGGGGGAUAAGAAAAUGCUCAUGAAUUCUUGCGCUAUGUCAUUGACCCCUAUCAUAAUAUGUGUUUGCGGUUGAAUAAGUUGCAAUAGUAGAGAAGGAAGGGUGACAAAGCUGGUGUUGAUUCCAUUGUUAAGGAUAUCUUUGGGGGUGCUCUACAUAUCCAAGUCAAGUGCUUGGCAUGUGGUGCUAAGUCAAAUAAGGUGGACGAGAUCAUGGAUAUAAGUCUUGAUGUGUUGCACAGUAACUCACUCAAAGAUGCUUUGCAGAUAUUUUUUCGUCCUGAGGUUUUGGAUGGAAAUAAUAAGUACCAAGUACGAGAAUGAUAGCAAAGAAUCAAAUGUAAAUUCUUCAAGCACCAAAUGUUUUCGGCAUUCAGCUCAAGGAAUAUAUGGCAGGAAAAUUAAUAUGCCCAUUGCUUUUGAGGAGGUUAUAGUGCUUUCUAGCUACAUGUGCAAAGGGAGUCAGCUAGAUAAGAAUAUAAAGAAGUUCAGAAACAAAAACACCAACAUGCAAAUGGAGGAAAAACAUGUGCACUUGGAGACGAGGAAGCUUGAGGAAGAGAUGGAAUCAGUGAAGGACAUCGCAAGCAUGAAGUCUAAAAUAAGUGAACUUGAACGAAAGAUAAGUGAGGAAAUCCUAAAGGCAGAAUCUUGUAAGGAAUGGGCAAAGGUAAAGGCCUCUCUCUAUCCAAUUUUACAGGCUUCUAAGGGAUCCUCUCUUUAAAAAGAGAUGAAAUCACUUUUAUCUCAUCCGAUUCCCAUAGCAUUCCAUCAGAAGAAGCCUCACUUACAACUCCCUCAUCAUCAGUGAAAGUAUCAAGAUUUGGUUUCUAAAGCUUUUGAAGCUUCGUAACAGAGUACUUUGUUCUCCAAGAUGCUCUUUUGAAGUCUUUGCGGAGUGAAGAGCUUUGUUAAUUUUCUUUUUUCUUUUGCUUCCUUGCUGAUUAUGGUAUUAUACACGAUUGCCCAACUUAUACUCUUUACUCUUUUUAUAGUUUUCCUUCCUAUGUUCUAAAUGGAAAUUAAAUAUAUUGUCAUUUAAGUGCUAAUUGAAAUUAUUUGUUCUCUUUU